AUGGAUGGCCCCUUGGAAUCGGGCUCUGUGUCAACGGGAUUUCCGGACUGGCAGGGUCAGUUUUUCGUAGGCUACGUUAGGAAGGGAUCAUAUCAGAUACAUUUCAUGCAGCACGCGAGUGGACGGAGGAACAUACAGUUGCAGGACCUGCAGGCACACCAGAAGCGUGAAGAGGCAUCACUGAUACAGGAAACUGCGGAGGACGAGCUAGGCAUGAAGGUUUUGCCCAAGGUACACUCUGGGGGCAGCAUGUCUCGGUUAACGGCAGGACACCUGAUGCGACGUCAUGAUCAUACCUUCGAGGAGACUGCGCGGUUUGUCGAGCAACAGAUUAUUCCGUGGAGAUGGCCGCGGCAUUUAACCGUUGACGAGGACAUCCUACUGAUGGCUGGAAUGGUUGGACAAGCCGUGUUAAUGCGGUCCACCCCGUACAAAAAGGCCGGCACCAAGGGAACGACCCCUUGGAGGGAAGAUUUAGGCGAUCGUGUCACCCCGGACUUCUUAGAGCCGGAGUCUACGAACGCCGACAGGAAGGGCGUGGGAGCUGGAUGA